AUGAUCAGUCUUGAGUGUCAGGCAUUAUCCGGUACAUAUGUGGUUGCUCCUUUGCCGAGUCUCACCUCACUGUCACCAACCAGUGGGUCGAUUUCUGGAGGGAACACGGUCACAUUGACAGGAACAAACUUAGGAUUUGUUAACUCUGUGACAUUCGGCGGCACGGCUGCGACUAGCGUGGUAGCACUUUCCAACAACACGGUAGCAGCGGUCGUCCCCUCAACCGUGACACCGGGAGCUGUAGACGUCACGGUCAGUGAUGCAGCUGGCAAUACCAGCACUCUGACCGGGGGUUAUACAUACACUACGAUAUCAGCACCCACCGUCACAUCUCUGAAUCCCAAUAACGGCCCUGCGACAGGCGGAACGUUGGUUGCGGUGACAGGAACUGGGUUUGUAAACGCCACGGCCGUGACUUUCGGCACAACUUCGGCUCUAUCGUACACGAUUGUUUCGGGCACUUUGAUCAAUGCUGUUUCUCCGCCUGGAACUGGUACAACUAAUGUUUUCGUCACUAACCCGGGCGGAACGAGUGCGGCUGAUACUGGCAAUGUUUGGACUUGGAAUCCUACUCCAACCCCGACUGUCACGAGUUUGUCCCCAGUCAGCGGACCAUUGAGCGGCGGUAAUGUCGUCACGGUGACCGGAACGAAUUUGACUGGCACAAUAUCAGUCACAUUUGGUGGUGUUACAGCGCCCUUCUUCGUUGUCUUGUCAAGCACUGCCCUCAAUGCGACAGUCCCCGCGUCGACUGUCGCCGGUACGGUUGAUGUGGUUGUUACAACACCUAAUGGAUCUAGUCCAAUCAACCCGGGAGACCAGUAUACUUACAUUGCUGGCCCCGCACCCACAGCUGUGGAGCCGUCGGCAGAUCUCAUAAGUGGAGGUACACAGGUUGCGAUCACAGGAAGUGGUCUGACGGGAACUACGAGUGUGCUAUUCGGAACCAUCCCUGGUACCGCAAUAAAUGUUGUAUCCGACUCUGAAGUGGAUGUGACUACACCUUCGCAUGCAAUUGGGACAGUACCAAUUACGGUGACUUCUACUGGAGGGACCAACAGCUCACUGACCUUCACCUUCGAGGCUCCGCCGAUUAUAUCUACGAUCACCCCAGCCUUUGGUUCCACUGCAGGAGGAACUGCAGUUUCCAUCAGCGGCGCAGGUCUGUCGAAUACAAAUGAGGUUCUGUUUGGGGCCACACCUGCUACGGCCCAAGCAAUCAUUUCGGACAACCAGCUGACAGCGACCUCCCCUCCUGGACCGGCCGGACUGGCUCCUGUGACUGUCGUGACUGAUGCUGCUUUUAGCGAUGCCGUGCCUUUCACUUAUUUGGGCGCUCCGACUCUGGCAGCGCUGAGUCCUACCACGGGAUCUCGCCUUGGGGGUAAUAACGUAACCCUAACCGGGUCCGGAUUCACUCAGGCUACCGCAGUGACAUUCGAUACCUCUGGAGCCCUAUUCACCGUUGAAGAUGACGGCACUAUCACUGCUGUUGCGCCUGCGCACGUCGCGCUUGGCGCCGUGCCCGUGACGGUCACAACCCCGGGCGGCAUCAGUGGUCCCCAAACCUACACCUACACUUGA